UCCGGUACUGGCAAUGAAUAUCAGAACGCAGCCUGAGAUGUGGAAGAGAACUAUAAAGUCGCAUGCAAUAACCAGAUUAUACACAAUGCAAGAUAGUGUUUUGCGUGGUUAGUGCGCAAAAUCCUUUCCAUCUUCUGCAAAGAAUUUGUGACUCGAGAAAAUCGUUAUGCCGGUCUACAAGCUAACUUAUUUCCCUAGCAAGGCAUUAGCCGAGCCUAUACGCUUUCUGUUCAGUUAUGGUGGAGAGAAGUUCAUUGAUGAUCGCUUUGACCGAGCAAAUUGGCAGGCGAUCAAACCGACUCUGCCAUUUGGUCAGGUGCCUGUACUUGAAGUAGACGGAAAGCUAGUAUGGCAAUCCGUUGCUAUCUGUCGCUACUUGGCUACGAGAUACGGUCUUGCCGGCAAAGAUGAUUGGGAAUCUCUCGAAAUCGAUGUCGCUGUUGAUACGAUACACGACAUGCGCGAAAAAAUAGCAGCUUAUUUCUACGAGACUAACGCGGUCUCCAGAGAAGAAAAAUUGAAAGUAGCCAAGGAAUUGGUACCGUAUUACCUGGAACGUUUGGAUGAUCAAGUGCAGAAAAAUGGAGGCUACUUUGUCGGGGGAAAACUAAGCUGGGCCGAUCUUACUUUUGUCGCUCUUUUGGAUUACUUCAAUCUUAUGAUGAACGAUGAGGAUAUCAUCGACAAAUAUGAGAAUUUGAAACAACUUAAAGAGAAAGUUUUGGAUUUACCCGCUAUUAAAAAAUGGAUCGAGACACGUCCGCCAGAUGUUUAUUAAUUUUUAUUAUAGAACGCAAAACACUUUUAUAUUUUACUGUAUAUUUACUGUAAUGUUUUUAUAACAAUAAAUUCAAC